AUGCGAGAUGAUGAAACAGCUAAUUGUAUUGUUCAUGAUCAUACUCGAGAAAGCUGUCAAACGACUAAUUACUGUCUUAAUGGGGGUUUAUGCAUUGAAAAUCGGCGUAAGACUACUUUUGAAUUCGCUUGUCUAUGUCCAUCAUGCCAUUAUUAUGGUUCAUUAUGUCAAUUCUCAAUAGGACAACAAGGUCUCUCACUUGAUGCAUUAGUGGGUCUUGAAAUGUAUACAGGAGAAACUUUAUCAAAACAAUCUAUACUAAUUAAAGUGAUCAUGAUUAUUCUUAUCAGCAUGAUUACUCUUGGAUUCAUUGGAAACAUACUAUCUAUUAUAACAUUCGCGCAAAAAAACUCACGAGAAACUGGAUGUGGAUAUUAUUUAUUUGCUAUAUCCAUAUAUAAUCAGUUAACAUUGAUAGUACUUGGUUUACGAUUUGUAUAUCUUCUUGUGACACAAAUGAUAGUAUGGAAAAAUAAAGGUCGAUCACUUAUUCUAUGUCAAUGUCUUGAGUUCGGACUAACUCUCUUACCAAAUCUCUCUAAUUGGUUAUCAGUAUGUGUAAGUGUAGAACGGACGUUUACGGUAAUAUAUGGCGUUUUAUUCAAUAAACAGUUAAGUGUACGUACUGCUAAAGGUCUCUGUAUUGUCCUUCUAAUUGUACUUACGGCUUUGACUGUUCAUGAACCUUUGACUCGUCAACUUAUCGAAGAUCCUCGACUUGGUCGCUUCACCUGGUGUGUCACUAAAAGUAGUUCAACAAAACUGCAAACCUACAACUCAAUUCUUUCAUUUGUCCAUCUACUCGGUUCUUUUCUUAUCAACUUACUUUCAACAGGCAUUCUCAUUAUGAUUAUUGCUCGGCAAAAAUUAACCGUACGCAAAGAAACCAUCCACCAUUCGUUCACUACUACACUACGUCAACAAACUGCUUAUUACAAACAUUUAAUAAUUAGUCCAACAAUAUUGCUUAUUCUUGCAUUACCGCGUCUGAUUAUUUCACUUGUGUCAGUUUGUAUUGAUACAUCAUGGCGUAAUUAUGUAUUUCUUGCUGGAUACUUUAUUUCAUUUAUACCAUUCGCAGCAACACUUUUUAUAUUCAUUAUACCUGCACCAAUCUAUCGAGAUGAAUUGAAGCGAUGUUUAUCGCGUAUACGUUCUCUUUCUUUUUACAAGUAA